AUGCAAACAAAUCUAAUGACCGAAACCUUACCGUCGCCGUCUACAUCGUUACUGAUUGAUCGAACAACUCUAUGGGACAAUUCAUCGAAGGACGACGAUAAUAAUCUGGAAAAAUGUGUAGCACCUCUGAACGACCAGGCCUGGCAAUCAGUUGGUUCAUUGAAAGAUCUCAUCGAUUCAAAAUAUGGUUUGAACCUAAAUCAUACUACCAACACCAAUGAACUAGUACCAUGGACAAAUUCAGAUUUAGUUCAGUUAGAUAAUUGGAUUGAAAAAUCUCUGAAGACAAGUGAAGAAACGUCAAUAGCACUUGUCGGAGAUCCACAGCAAAAAAGUACAUUCGAACAUAUUUGUCUCUGGGAACAACAAUGUCAAACAUUGUAUAAUGAUAUUAAUGAAGCAGUUCAAUAUUUAGACACAUUACAUGAAACCUACACAAAAGUCUCGUACAAAACCAAUUCCCUCUACCGAGCAUGUGAACAAUUACUAGCUGAUCAAGCCAAAUUACUAAAUAUCACCGAAUGUAUUGAUAAUCGAUUGUCCUAUUUUGACGAUGUUGAUCGAUUUUCUAAAAAUCUUUCAAUAACACCAUUAGUAUCUGAUGUUAAACAAUUAAUUCCAACAUUAACUCGUAUUGACGAAUGUCUAGCUUAUUUUGAUACCCAUAGUUCAUUUAAACAAUCGCUCAUGUAUAAAAAUCAAAUGAAACAAGUUUUACAGAAAGCUCUGAAUAUGAUCAAAGCACAUAUCAUUCAAAUCUUGCAAAAUUCGUCGAAUACGAUCGAUGCGAACAAGAGCCAAACACCGCUAUCGAACGAAACCUACACGUUGUAUUACGGACGUUUUCGAAUCAAUGCGCCGAAAGUCAAAGUAUUAUCAGAAGAAUUGGAGCAACGCUGUACACGUAAUCCCGAAUACGAAAAAACUCUUUCGGACUGUCAUGAAUGUUACACCAAUCAAAGGAGAAUACUGUUAACUGCAAGUGUGCAAAGUGCUAUUCAAGAUCUAGCGGUUAAACAUGAGCGAGAUAUGUGUACAUUGGUUCGUAGCGGUUGUGCAUUUUUGUUGCAUCUCUGUCUGGAUGAAUAUCAAUUAUUCUAUCAAUUCUUCUCUAAACAUUCGACACAUUUGGAUACGAUGUUAUCUGAGUUCUGUCAUAUUCUGUACGAUCAUCUUCGUUCUCGGAUUAUUCACGUUAUACACUUGGAAACACUUGCGGAACUUGUGACAAUUCUAAAAGUCGAAAUGAUCGAAGAACAUGUGAAAAACAGUGCUAAAGAAUUAUCAACUUUUGAAACAGUAUGUACACAAAUGCUUGAAGAUGUUCAAGAGCGUUUAGUCUAUCGAACUCAAGUAUACGUUCGAAAUGAAAUUCUUGCCUACAAACCAUCACCAGGCGAUAUUGCCUAUCCAGACAAACUUGAAAUGAUGCAGAAAAUUGCCCAAUCAUUGAAAGAGCAACGUGCAACGAGAUUGAACUCUCAAUCGUCAGUUGAUUCAACAACGGAAGUCUUCUUUGAAACAAUACCUGGCACUGAUCUUGCGGUGAUUUCAUCCUCAGCAACAACCAAAGACGGUCAGCAUUCUUCUCCAGCUGAUUUUCAUGGCAUGUGGUAUCCAACCGUCCGACGGACACUUGUUUGUUUAUCGAAAUUAUUUCGUUGUCUCGAUCGUAACAUUUUUCAAGGUUUAUCUCAAGAAACUUUGACAAUGUGUGUUCAGUCGUUAAUCGCCGCCAGUGAAAUGAUUACUAAACGCAAGACUGCCUUAGAUGGUCGAUUAUUUCUUAUCAAACAUUUGUUGAUCCUACGCGAACAAAUCGCUCCAUUCAAUGUCGAUUUUGCCGUCAAAGAAAUGGUCAUCGACUUUUCCAAACUCAAAGAAGCAGCAAUGAAAUUUCUCACCAAAAAAUCCAAACUCUUGUCGAUGAAUCGUGAUAAUGCCUUUCUCGAUUUUCUCCUUCAAGGGACGUUACAAGUGAAAGAAUCAUUUAUCGAUUCGAAACGUGAAGUUGACAAACAUUUGAAACAAACUUGUGAGCUGUUCAUCGCUGACAUAUCGAAUCAACUGUGCGGACCAAUUCGGCAAUAUUUACAAAGAGCGCAAGUUAUUCUAAAGAUGAAUCACGAUAACAAUAACACACAGAAAGUUUCGCUACGACAACAACCAUUCGCUAAACCAGAAGUUUUGCACGAUCUUAUCAUUGAAAAUUACAACCUAAUGAAAAAACAACUGCCAGAUAUAUUCAAAAUGAUGUCACUUUACUUAGCGAAUAAAGACACCGAGCAGAUAUUGUUCAAACCAGUUAAGACUAAUAUUCAACAAACUUAUCAAGAAUUAAUCGUUUUGAUUCGUGACCAAUAUUCCGAAGAAGAUCUUCAAAUAAUUGGAUGUCCAUCCCAAGAACAGAUAAGUUUAUUGAUUUCCACAUCAGCAUCGAAAUACCAGUAUUUUUCGACGCUUUUUUCUUCUCAACUGUGUAUGCAUCAAGAAGCACGACAUCGUUGGGCACCAUCAGUAACCAGAAAUUCGCCCGCAAGUACAACUAUUGUUGAAACCCUCGAACCCUUUGCCUAUCAAAGUCUCAAUAAUAAUAAUUCUUCAUCGUCAUCUUCUUCUUUCUCCUUACCACUUACAAUUAUGCCGAACGGACGUGAUCGUACGAGUGAAUUUCAGACAACAGUCAAAACAUUCGCUAGCAAAAGAAAUGGUCUUGUAAAUCCUUCUCAAGUUCAUAUGAAUCGUCGUCAACAGCCUCAAACAGCUUUAGAACAACGCGGAGUGUUUAUGCAACAUGCAAAACGUAUUGGAAAUGAUCUAUCACAAACAUUUCUUAAACUAGAACAACUAUCUUUAAUUGCAAAGCAAUCAUCGCUAUUCAAUGAUAAAUCAAUGGAAAUUCAAGAUUUGACACUGUCAAUAAAGCAAGAUAUCAGUAAUUUAAAUCGACAGAUCGCUCAGCUCCAACAAUACAUGAAUAAUACAAAUGGAAGCAAAUCGAAAAACUCUCAAACACAUUCCAAUUCAGUUGUUUUUGUUUUACAACAAGAUAUCAGUAAUUUAAAUCGACAGAUCGCUCAGCUCCAACAAUACAUGAAUAAUACAAAUGGAAGCAAAUCGAAAAACUCUCAAACACAUUCCAAUUCAGUUGUUUUUGUUUUACAAUCGAAACUAGCCACUAUGUCCAACGAUUUUAAACAAGUUCUCGAAAAUCGAACUCAAAAUCUAAAAGAGCAAAAGUCGCGUCGAGAUAACUUUUCGAGUAAUACAGUGACUUCGUCAUUAAGUUCUGGCCCAGCAGCUAUCAACGGUCGUCCAUCUGUACUUUUUCGUGAUGAACAUGCGAGCAAUGGAGGAGAUGCGGUUAUAAAUAUGGGUUCUGAUGGAAUGUACAAUUCUUCCAUGAAACAACAACUACUAGUUGCUGACGAAACAGACAAUUAUCUAUCAAGUCGUUCGGAAGCCAUGCAGAAUAUUGAACAAACAAUCGUUGAACUUGGCGAUAUUUUCACCCAAUUAGCGACAAUGGUGCGACAACAGGAAGAAUCUAUCUACAGAAUCGAUGCGAAUGUUGAUGAUGCGACACAACACAUUGAAGGUGCACAUACGGAACUACUCAGAUAUCUUCGUACGGUUACAUCCAAUCGUUGGCUUAUUAUAAAAGUGUUUGCUGUGUUGAUCGUAUUUUUUCUUAUCUUUAUCGUUUUUCUUGCUUGA